UUAUAUCUGUUUUGAGAUUUCAGAAAGCUGCACACUACAGAUACAGAUGUGCUUCGUUAACAAUUGAAUGAGUGCGUAAUAUGCUUGUAGCUUAAUAUAAUGCAAACAGGAACAGCUGUUAUACAAGGCUGAAUACAGAUAUGAAACUGUAUAUAAAAGGAAACGGUUGAGUAGUCUGGUCUAUCCAGUUCGUAAUUCGAUCUGGAUUUGAUUUGCGACGAGGAUGAUCAAGUUAGUUAUUCUCGUCGUUGUCAGUGCUAUCGUCCAGCAUGUUUGCUGCGAUGAGCCUGAACGAAUCGUCGGCGGUGAUAUAGCUGAUAUUGGUCAAUUUAUAUAUCAAGUAUCCCUUCAAUUUUAUGGCGAGCAUAUUUGCGGAGGUAGUAUCAUUAGUAGUACGCACAUUCUUACUGCUGCUCAUUGCGUAGAUGAGUUCUACACGGAUGACUUGAUUGUCAUAAGUGGAACCAAUAGUCCGAGAAUUGGUGGCGAGAGACACGACAUUAAAUGUAUUCGGAUGCACCCAGAAUACACCGGUGAAAAAGAGAGUGGUUGGAAGGACGAUAUUGCUGUGAUUACCUUAAAAAAGCCGAUCAAAAUGAACAAGCUCCAAGGUCCGAUUCCUUUAGCAAGUAAAAACUACAUUAACGGUGGCAAACGCGGCAUCGUGUCCGGAUGGGGAAAAACAAAAAUAAGUGGAUCAUCUUCAGAGAUACUUAAAUGGCUUAGCGUGAAUGUCUUGAGUCAAGAAAGCUGUUUGCUUGGUCACAAAAAUCCACGCACCAAUGAAAACCACAUAUGUACGCUGGAAAAGGUUGGGAAAGGUGCUUGCCAAGGUGACAGCGGUGGUCCACUCGUUGUCGAUGGUGAAGUCAUUGGUGUCGUCUCUUGGGUCUUACCUUGCGCUUUGGGCAGAUCUGAUGUGUUCACUAAUGUUUACAACUAUCUCGACUUUAUCAAAGAAUCUCAGUUAUUGUGCUAAUAACAGAAAUAAUCACCGUUAAUUGAUAAUUUAUGUUCGUGAAAUAUUAUGAAAUUUUUCGUAAAUAG